GCUGCGGCCCCUACGUGCCUGGGCUGCCCGGUCGCUGCGCAGCGCAAGUCCCGGAAGCCCCGGGAACCUCGUUUCGGGCACCGGGUCGCUGUGGGCACCUCACCGCGCCUGGCCUCCGGGUUAUUCCUUGUGUACAGUGUGGAGAUCCUAAGCACAGGAUACAGGGGAAAACGGAAAGUAGAAUAUACCAAGCGAUGGAAAAUACGCAAGCCCAAAUAGUGCACGAUAUCACAUACAAGACCCAACCAUAGAGGAUCCCGAGAAUGAUAAAGAUAGAGAAAAUGAUAAAGAGAAAAAAGCAGUGGUUUGUGUGGAGGGCAAUAUUGCAAGUGGGAAGACGACAUGCCUGGAGUUCUUCUCCAAUACAGCAGAUGUCGAGGUGUUAAUGGAGCCUGUGCUCAAGUGGAGAAAUGUCCGAGGCCACAAUCCCCUGAGCCUAAUGUACCACAAUGCCAGUCGAUGGGGCCUCACACUGCAGACCUACGUGCAGCUCACCAUGCUGGACCAGCACACUCGUCCUCAGAUGUCGCCUGUACGGUUGAUGGAAAGGUCAAUUUACAGCGCAAGAUACAUUUUUGUAGAAAACCUGUAUAGAAGCGGGAAGAUGCCCGAGGUUGACUAUGUGGUUCUGUCUGAGUGGUUUGAUUGGAUUAUCAGGAACAUUGAUGUCUCCAUUGAUCUGAUAGUUUAUCUCCGAACCACUCCUGAAAUCUGCUACCAGAGACUAAAGAUGAGGUGCAGGGAAGAGGAGAAAGUCAUCCCGCUGGAAUACCUCAGAGCUAUUCACCGCCUCUAUGAAGAGUGGCUGGUCACUGGUAGCCUUUUCCCAGCUGCAGCCCCUGUUCUGGUGAUUGAGGCGGACCACGACUUGGAGAAAAUGUUAGAACUCUUUGAACAAAACCGGUCCCGGAUAUUAACUCCAGAGAAUUGGAAGCAUGGCCCAUAGGACUGGACAUGGCCACAGUCUAGAAGAUGGUGCCAGGAAUAGCCUAGCAGGGCCAGGCUAGCUGUUAGGAGCAUUUGGAAGUGUCUACUCUCAGGAGGGUCUGUUACAUGGUCAGAUCUAUUUUCUUUAUGGUUUUUUAUUAUGGGACAAAUGGCUUUUGUCGUCAGAUCCUUGCAGCACACAUUCCCCCUGGUGCCCCUCCUGGUGGCUUCCUGAGGCUGAAGCCCUUUGGAAAAACACUUGCUACGUUCUGGUGUUGCUUUAGCUGCUAUGCGUCAGGCCACCAAUGGGGCAAGGGAGCCCUCCUCCAGCCCAGGCAAGGAUUUAAAGCUCAGAGAGGUGUGGGGACUCUUCAAGGUCACAUAGCCAGUGCCUAGUGGAGCUGGCACCAUUCAGCUUAGGCUGCCUCCUCCUGAGCUGUUCCCCUCAGCCCUGCUGCUCUGAGCUCCAGCCCCCCACCCCUCAUCUUUGUGAGAAGAGCGGGCAGUAUGGAUUCCAUUCCAUUUAACUCCUGGGCAAGUUUCAAGGAGAACCAACGAGACUAGUCUUUGGCACACCUCUGUUUUUUGGCUGGAGCCCAGAGUUUUCCUGGCACAAAGGAGCUGAAGCCUCUGCCCCUUUGUCAUCUGCACUUCAGUGUCCGCAGGGGAAUCCUGCAUUGGCCUUGGACAGUGCCAGUGUCUUUGAGGGUGAAGGCCCUCCCCAGAUUGCUUCCAGUUUCAUGCCGCUCUGUGUCAGAAAAAAGACUUUUGGGACUUGGACCCUUUGCCCUGUGCUGAGUGAGGCCAAGGGCAGCGAGCUGGGCUCCCAAGUCCCAUCACUCUCCAUCCUUUGUGUGAAGAACAGGGCCUUUGGAAUUACUGAGUGUUUGUGCCCCAGGGAAAGAGACAUUAGCAGCCUUAAUCUUCAAGUGUGUUUCCAUCUGAGCGGAUGUCUUGGACCACAGAGCAUGAAGACAUCUCUGUGGAUCAGAAAAUACCUUAGCUUUGCUGGGCCAUCACUGCACACAGAAGGUACAGCUGCUGCUUGAACCAGUCGAGACCAAGGGAAAGGGAGACCAUUCCCCUGGGGGGAGUCAGGGCUUGCAAAAUGAAGGCAUUUGCAGUCUUGCUGCUCCUGAUGUUCUGGAGUUGGUGGGGUGCAUCUGGAGAAGACUGGAUGCAGACUCGGAACGGUUACCGUGUGCUCUGCAGAAAUGCAGCAUGGUGGGCUGCCGACGAGUGAGUGGCAGAUGGCCUCGCUCUGCCUCGCCUUUCUGUGGGUGCCUGGAAUGCCAGUUGGCCACAGAGAGGGCCAAGAGUCCAGCUGAUGAUCCCUCCUGUUUGGGCCAAUUCUUGCCCAAGGGAUAGCACGAGGGAUAGCAGCUAAGGGGACCAUCCAUCGGUACUUACAGUCCAACAGCGAUAAAGCAUAAACCGAGAGGCAGAAACCUUUGUGCCAGCAGUCCCGGCGUGGGAACAUCUUUAGAGUUUGCAAAUGAACAGUCCAGCACCUGCCCCUCUGCUCAGUCAGAAUACUUGUUUUGGAGAGAAAUGUGAUUUUUUUUUUUCUACGGUAGCCAAUAAAUUCUACAUCUAA